CCGAACAUGAGGUGGCAGGUCACAUUGCAUCCGUAGUCAGGAAGCAUAGGGAGGGGACCACCAGCACUCAGCUCUCUCUUUCAUUAGUCUGAGUCUUGCUCAUGGGACGGACCUCACAGACAUGGUAGAUCUUCCCUCUUCAAUUUCCGUUUUCUGGAAUUAUCCUCAUAGACGUACCAGGAGGUGUAUUUCCAUAGUGAUUCUGAAGCCAAUCAAUUAGACAUAGAAGACUCACCAGCACACAGGUAUUAUAGGUCUAGAGCCUGUAGGAGAGCAGACCCGCCUGCGUAUCUGUGAGGAGCAUCAACAUUGCAGAUGCAUUUUCUCACUGUAUACUGUCUCCAUUUGGGGAAUUUUAACCUUUUAGGGGUCAGGAACAGACACCGCCUCACCCUCUGUCUUCUCAACCACCUCUGUGCUGAAUUCAGGGUAAAUGCCCACAUGAUGCUUGAUGGCUUGAGUGUGAGAGGAUAAACACUCCUGUAGGCUGCGAAGUUCGGUGUGGGUGAGGAAAAAAAAUCGAUGUUGCAAAUCUCUUAAUUCAUGACUGAAGCCACUCUCCUGGCCCAAGCAUCGAAGAAGGAUGCAGAGACAGAAAUGGAUAGCAAGUGAAUUGCAGGCAACUGUUGGAAGCGUGAUGCCCUCGGAAGAGUUAGAGCGACUGUCAAAGUCCCCCGAUGUGCCCAUUUUUAUCAGUUCUGACGGUGAUGCGCUGCCGUUAGAGAUUCAGGUCUCGUCUGAGCUCAUCUGAAUAACGCUGGCGAUGGGAGGGAAGAGCGAGAUGAGGCAUCCAGAGGCAGUCCUGGAUCCGACUCUAUAAAUCUGAAGGAGGUAGACGCAGGACAGCCUGGCCUUCUCUGCUUGCCCAGCGCAAGGCAGGGCAGAAGGAAGUGAGAGGCACUGGAGUGGACGGCGUUUGUCUACACCCCGAGUGAUCAUGAGAGGGACCACGCAAGUCUUCAUCGUGUUCCUCCUAGCAACUGUGUCCCACUGUGCUGUGAUCACAGGGGCCUGUGAGCGAGAUGUCCAGUGUGGGGCAGGCACCUGCUGUGCCGUCAGUCUGUGGCUGCGGGGGCUGAGGCUGUGCACCCCACUGGGUCGGGAAGGAGAGGAGUGCCACCCAGGAAGCCACAAGGUCCCCUACUUCAGGAAACGCCAGCACCACACCUGCCCCUGCUCACCCAGCCUGCUGUGCUCCACGUUCCCGGACGGCAGGUACCGCUGCUCCCGGGACUUGAAGAACGUCAGCUUUUAGUGUGUCUGGGCUCAGGAUCCCCCCUGGGUGGCCUCUUCUGCAUCACAUCUGUGUGCUUUUGUUCCCUGAAACUGCUCCACUCCCCACCCUGUCCGUGGCACACGCGUGAGCGGAUGGGCACACCUUCCACUGUGGAAGAGCCCACGGGUGUGUGCAGAGGAGGCUACGGCCUCGAGAAGUUGGCCAGCCAUGCCCGGACUGCCUCAAGUUGUGACGUUGCGUUUCUCCCAGGUGUCUGCCCUUCCUGCAUGUGCCCUUUCUUCCUAAAUCACACCUUCCUGGCCACUGGCCCUCGGGGGCAUCACUAAAUCACAGGUCCUGUGGAAAGGAGGACCAACAGGAGCAUUCAUUUCUUUGACCGACUAGCUCCUUAUUUUAGGACCGUGGGUACAAAUUCAGCUUUUCUCCGGGCACCACUCGAAAGCAAGAGGAUUUCAGGGUCUCUUUGAAUUAGGGGUGGGAGGCAGCUCAGAGGGCUUUGGCUAUGUGUUGGGGGGGGUCUUCUGGGAAGGGCUGGGAGUGUGGGGAAGCUCUGCUGAGGGGACAGCAUGGGCCUACUUCAACUCUCAGAGCUGAAAUUCAGUCCCUUUGGGCUUAUGUCAAAUGUUUGACCCCAGCAGGCCACAUGUGCCUAGUGAUAGGUAAUUUGCGUCAGUGAGGGAGCUGGCAAGGCCUUGAGCCUUGAGCCUGAACCCAGGCCUGGGAGCUUUCUCUACAGGCAGGUAUAGCCAACUCCUCCCACCUCCAUUCUUAUUCCAGGCACAGGGUGUCCAACAACACUGUGACAAAAUCUUGCCGUCUACCGAGUUCAGAAUGGGGCCAUCAAGGUGCAGCAACAAAAUCUCCUUUUAAGGAAGCUCACAGUGUUGUCUUAGGCCACCUUCACAGCUACCCACAAACAAACAAAACAGAACAAAACCAAACAACAAACAAACAAAUAAAAAAACCCCUACCCUCCCGGGCCCACCAGGCUGGGCCUUGAACAGUGAAGGGACCGUUCUGUGCUGUUGCCCCGGCUCUGCUGACCUGCGACACUUUUCCUGCAUGCAGCCUACAAUCUCUUUCCCUCUGGGCUCCAGGCCCAGGCCCAAGCUGUAAAGUUCCUUUCCAAGUCAACGGUCCCAUGAUCCUCCUCGUCUUCCGGAUCUCCAGGCUCCACUCACUGCCCUUGGGUAUUGACCUCCAGCUUGCGUCCCACCCUGCUCACAGAGCAGCCCCGAGUGCAGUGGGCAGCAGCCAGUGCCUCGAUGCCCCAGGAACAAGACACUGGGGCCCUGUGGCGCUCCCUAGCACAUCACCAUGUUACCCUACAUCCUCGCCUGCCUCAGAGGAGGCCACCUGCAGACCCAGAGGGUGAAUCGACAAUUUAACAUGACCGCACUCAUUUUCAUUUGUAAUGUUGUAAUUCUGAGGAAGGAGUGAUGAGUCUCUGCCUCACUUUUCUGCUGUUGCAAAAGAUAGAAGGAUGAACAGCGGAGAGGUUGGAAGGCUUAGGGAAAUGUAUCCUUUGCAUUCAGUAAUAUGCUCUUCAGAACUAUGACUAUAAAAAACUCCCUACAGAGAGAGUAUGCCCCCAAGACGAAUGUUUUCUAGGAGAAUAAAGUCAGGUGAAGUUGACAGACACCCUUUCAAGAUCCAUCCACAACUUCCGUGACAGUCCUUAGGCCCGGCUCUUUCAUCGUCAACCAUUGGUGUCUGGCGCCCUCUCGUGGACGAAGUGGAAGUAGCAAGGAGCGUGAAGGCGAAAAGAGGACGGGGUGGGGGUGGGGGGGUGGGGGGUGGGGUGGCGGCCUUCGGGCAGGUAGAAGGAGUAGUUCUUCAGGCACACCCGGCUUUGGAAUCCACGGGAGGCCCAGAACAAUGUCUAUCAAGAAGCCUGCCACCGGGAGAACCGCCAGAACAACUCUUUAUUAACACUCGGACCCCGCCCCACUUUGAAGUGGCCUUGGAAGCCGGUGUCCCUUCCUGUUUAGGGCAGGUGCUGUGACUUCCCUGACCUCAGGGUCUCUAGAAUGAGAGAGCAGAUGUGGAUAAGUUCGCCCUCCCCACCCCCGUCUGUGAAUCCCCCGAUGUAGCAGGGUCAGCAGAGCCGCCUCAGAGGCUCCUUCAGCACGCGGGCUCCUCCUCAUCGCUGUUGCUCAUUUAGCUGCUGUGCUCAUCACCACAAGUCUCUAGGUAGCUGGGGCCUAGAGAUCCCGGCGCUCCGGGACAAAAGGGCCAGAACGGAGACUGUGCGGGGACAAACGCUGCCAGAGCCUCCUCUGUCAGCAGAGGUUCAGCUUCGAACCCCUCUCAGGGUGGUCCUUAGCAUCCUGAGUGAGGUCCGGGUAAACACCGGUUGGCUGUAGUUCCACGCAGUUAUCACCUACCGAUGAAGGGGUUCCUAAAGCGGAAGAGAAAGAUCGCAUAGGGAGAGAGGCUGCAGGGCUAGACACUGGCUGAGAGCUGAGCCGGCAGAGUGGACCCAAAUCGUCCGCCCAAAUCAGCUCUCAGACCAGCCCAAGAGUCAACACUGAGACUUGGUUUGGAAUCUGUAAAAAAAAAAAAAAUUAAUUAAUAAUAAUAAUAAUAAUAAUAAUAACCAGAACCUGCCUUGUAGACAGAGAAGCACAUGCUGGCCCAGGGCACACUCUGGGUGUCUUCAGGGAUGUUUUCCUGGACCAGGGAUUGGCAAUGAGAGCGAAGAACUUCCCUGACACAAUUAGUUCCUUUUCAGCCAGAUGAGCACAAUAUGAUAUCCAAACAUGGACUAUUACUCAGCCCUGAAAAGAAAUAAGGUACAUAUACGCUUCAUAGCGUGAAUGGCCCUUGAAAUCCUUAGACGAGAAAAGCUUGUCAUAAAAGGCCACAUCUGCACAAUUCCACUCAUGUGAAAUGUCCACAGCAGGCAAACCCACAAUAGAGAAAGUAGGUCAGUGUUGGCUAGGAUUGGGGUGUGGUGAAGGCAUGAAUUUGGAGUAAUUGUUAAGGAGUUCAGGUUUCUUUAGGGGUGACAAGAGUGUUCUAAAGUUAAACUGUGGAGGCGGUUGUAUAGCAGUCAAUAUCUUCAACGUCAUGAGGGUAAAUGAUGUGCCGAAUGAAUCAUACCACAAUAAAACUAUUUUUAAAAACUUUAAGAUCCACAAAGUUGAAAAGAGGGAGGAGGGGAGCAAAAGUGACCCCCUGAAGGAAGGACCAGGUGUGGUGAGAUGAGGAGACCCCCAGCGUCUCCUGUUGGGGAAGGUGGGCACUGUGUGUGUUGCAAAAUGGCUUGGUUUCCCUUCACACAGGAAUAACCAUUUCCUAAUUAACACUCAUUUUGUGGUGGGUAGGAGAAUAAGUACCUAAUCAACUAGAGCUACACAUAGUAUCAUGUGACCUAACCUACGUAUAGUCACCCUCUGAACUCUGGGGGUUCUUCAUGCGAAUCCCACCAACUGUGGAUCAAACAUAUU